UCCUGCAAGCAGUUCAGAUCAGCUCAGCACAUUUCUACAAAUCUUCCAAAACAAAAAAAAAAAAAACACAUUACAAAAUGGCACCACAGAGCAACAACAGCAACACAUUCGUCUCCAAGACCCAGCACUAUUUGAAGGUGAAGAAGCCCCUUUUGGAGCGCCAGCGCCGGGCCCGCAUGAACAAGUGUUUGGACACAUUGAAGACAUUGGUGGCCGAGUUCCAGGCCGACGAUGCCAUCCUGCGAAUGGACAAGGCCGAGAUGCUGGAGGCGGCACUCGUCUUCAUGCGCAAACAGGUCGUCAAGCAGCAGGCGCCGGUCUCCCCACUUCCCAUGGAUAGCUUCAAGAAUGGCUACAUGAACGCCGUCAGCGAGAUCUCCCGUGUGAUGGCCUGCACUCCUGCCAUGAGUGUGGAUGUGGGCAAGACAGUGAUGACCCAUCUGGGCGUCGAGUUCCAGCGCAUGCUGCAGGCCGAUCAAGUUCAGACUUCGGUUCCAACCUCCACCCCACGCCCACUCAGCCCCGCCUCCUCGGGAUACCACAGCGAUAACGAGGACUCCCAAUCCGCCGCCAGCCCCAAGCCAGCCGAAGAAACCAUGUGGCGCCCUUGGUAAAUCACCAUCACCAUCACCAUCAUCAUCGACAUCGAAUCCAGUCUUCCAGCUGAGGAAUCUUCUUCAGCAUCGACAUUGAAUCCUGUCUUCCACCAGCAACUUCUGCUGCAACGAAUCAUGUCUUCCAAUUGAAUCGUUAACCAUGUGAUAACAGCUUUACCUAGAUCAUAAGCACACCUCAAGCUUUACUAGUUUAUUAAGGAUUAUAUUUUAAGAGAACAAAAACAGCUUUAAUAGUUAUAAAAUACAAAACAC